AUGUGCCAGCUUCAAGAAGUCAAGUACUCCUGCGGCCACGUCCGCAAGACACUCCUACAAGCCUGCGCCACCGCCAAACGUCUCGGCCCCACUCCUCGCUCACGCGCGCCUAGCUACUGCGUAAACGGGCUCGAGGUCAUCCAAGGUGUCAAGGCCGAAGGAAGCUGCGGCCGCGGGGCGAACGGGUACACGUGCUACGAGAACCAGGCUCUGGCGCCGCUUCGUCAGCGGAUUGGCGCUAUCGAGAGGGAGCUUGCUAGGCUGUCCGACCGGGUUGCUAAUGUGCACCGUGUUCUAGAGUCGGAGAUUCGGCCGGUAUAUGAUUGGGAGCGAGUGGCGCGGACUGGAUAUGAUGUCGAGGAGAUGAAGCAACGCCAGGUCACGCUCCUUACGGAGAUUCUUCCCGAGAGGCUGGCAUAUUGGCGGGCGAUCGUCACCCACGUCUCGAAGCAGAUCACGGCAGCCACCAACAUGACCUUCAAGACGCUGCUGGAGAAGAUCGGCAGUCGUGUCGAUAACAUCCCCGUUUCCAAGCUCGACUUGGAGCUCUGGGACGAGUGGAUAUCCUACGACGAUAAUGGUGACCCGAUAGAUAUUCAGCCUGAAUUCGCUGUUCUGGAGCAGGUUUGGGAGCGGAUGCACGGGCUUGCGAAUGAGGAGGCGAAGAUGAUCGAGGAUGUGGCGGCGACGUGCUGCCUGGAGGCUAUUGGAUGGAACCCGCCACAGCUAGAGGACGAGGGCGAGAGGAGCCUCUUGUAUAUUGCGUUGACUAGUCGGAUUGUCCACCCUGUUCGCGAGACUGAAGCGCAGGCUACCCCGCUGUAG